GGACCCCUUCACAUUGAGUUCAACGGCGUUCCAGACACGUCUACAUCGUCCUGGUACAUGGUACACCGUGCACCCUAGCUUCUGCCAAAUCAUUGUCUCUUUAACUUCAACUGUUGUCUCACCUGUAGGUUGCUCUUUAAGCUCCAAAUCCUUUCCGACUCUCUCUCUCUCUCUCUCUCUCUCUCUCCUGUUAUAUCCGACUCUCCUCGCCACGGACAGACUUUGUUUUUAAUCCAAAAGAAGCUCACUUCCUGAAUGGAUCUGACUCGUAAAUUUCAAAGUUUCUAGUUAUAGUUCUUAAUCAACAUCAUGGGAUGCUACAGAAGAACAAAGCAGGCAGUCGAUGCUUUUCGGAAUUUUACUUCCAGGAUUAUUCCCAAACAUCCAAUUCAAGAACCCAGGUCCAGAAUUUCCCAAACUGGACCGAAUUCGAUUUUUGCUUCCAAUAAAGCUAAGUCUUCCGGGUUUUCUCCCUACUUCUCGAUUGCUCAACCAAAUAGAAUUCAAUUCAGUAAGUUCAAUCAGUCCAAUCCCUUUGUAGGUGGUGCUAAGAGAUAUUACUAUGUCGAUCGGUACCAUGUUCAGCAUUUUAAGCCGCGAGGGCCUCGCCGGUGGUUUCAGAGCCCGAGAAACGUGCUGAUUGUGGUUCUGGUGGGUUCUGGGGUUUUGAUCACUGUGUAUUUGGGGAAUUUAGAGACUGUCCCGUAUACCAAUCGAACCCAUUUCGUGCUUUUGUCGAAAAGCAUGGAGAAGAGGCUCGGAGAGACGCAAUUCGAGCAGAUGAAAGCGGCUUUCAAGGGCAAAAUACUGCCGGCAAUACACCCGGAAAGCGUGAGGGUGAGACUGAUAGCCAAGGACAUCAUCGAGGCAUUGCAGAGAGGGUUGAGGAAUGAGCAGGUGUGGAGUGAUUUAGGGUAUGCGUCGGAGAGCGUAGGCGGCGUUCACGAAGCAAAGAGCCACGAGACCUUGAUGGCAUUGAAGGAGAGGGAGGAAGGGGAGUGGUUUAAAGACGAUGAAAUCCUUGAUGAAAAGUGGGUUCAGCAGAGUAGGAAGAAGGGUCAGGAGAGAGGGUCUCAACCAGAUACAUCGCAUUUGGAAGGAUUGAAUUGGGAGAUUUUGGUGGUUAAUGAGCCUGUUGUUAAUGCAUUCUGCUUACCGGGUGGGAAAAUUGUUGUCUUUAAGGGUUUGCUCGAGCAUUUUCGAAGUGAUUCUGAGGUAGCAACUAUAAUUGGGCAUGAGGUUGGGCAUGCUGUGGCUCGACAUGCGGCGGAGGGGAUUACGAAGAACCUGUGGUUUGCAAUUCUACAACUGAUACUUUAUCAGUUUAUAAUGCCUGACAUUGUCAACACUAUGUCAGUUCUGUUCCUAAGGCUUCCUUUCUCUCGCCGGAUGGAAAUGGAAGCAGAUUACGUAGGGCUGCUGUUGAUGGCUUCUGCCGGAUAUGAUCCUCGUGUGGCCCCCACAGUGUACGAGAAGUUGGGAAAGUUGACAGGCGAAUCGGCGCUCAGGGAUUAUCUUUCCACCCAUCCAUCCGGGAAAAAGAGAGCCCAGUUGCUGUCUCGAGCUCAGGUCAUGGAAGAAGCUCUUACUAUAUAUAGGGAAGUCAGAUCGGGUCGUGGGACGAUCGAAGGUUUUCUCUAGGACAACACCACCACAUGCCAUUGUAUAACUUCCCUCAGUGUUAGUUAAAGAGCCGUAGAGGGGACCUGAUUGUCAAGUUAAUUUGAAGGCUUCCUCUGUGUGCUUAAAUUUUCAUUCAUUUUAUUUUAUUUUAUUUUACAGCACUUAAGCUUAAUUCAAAUCCAAAAAAAUAAUUAAAAAAAAGCUACUGUUUUUUAAUUACAAAUAUUUAAUGAGAGACAUGAGAAAUGUUCAAUUCUCCCU